AUGGUCGUCUACAUUUCGAGUCUGAACAUUAGCAGCAGAGACCCUCAAAGUGCUUAUGACAGUUCAGGAGACCCGUUAACACCCCACGAUACAGCUCCUGUCCUGAGCAGGACCGCACACACGGUGAUUGCCGUUUGCCUGGGAUUCAUUCUGGUCUUUGGAUGCUUAAACAAUCUCUGUGUUUUACUCAUCUUCGCGAGAUUUCGCUCACUGUGGACGCCUAUCAAUCUGAUACUGCUAAACAUCAGCGUGAGUGAUGUACUGGUGUGUUUACUGGGGACUCCCUUCAGUUUCGCCUCCAGUCUGUAUGGGAAAUGGCUAUUAGGACAGCACGGAUGCGAGUGGUACGGAUUUGCCAAUUCGCUUUUUGGAAUUGUGUCUCUGAUGUCUCUGUCUAUCCUGUCAUACGAGCGCUAUGCUGCCCUACUGCGUCCUUCCAAGGCAGACUCGUCUGAUUUCCGCAGGGCAUGGAUUUGUGUGGCAGGAUCAUGGCUCUAUUCACUGGUAUGGACCGUUCCACCGUUCCUCGGAUGGAGUAGCUACGGUCCGGAAGGAGCCGGAACUUCAUGCUCGGUACAGUGGCAGCUUCGCUCAACCAGCAGCAUGUCAUAUGUGGUGUGCCUGUUCAUCUUCUGUCUGCUUCUGCCUCUGAUGCUCAUGAUCUUCUGCUAUGGCAAAAUCCUGCUCAUUAUCAAAGGGGUAACUAAAAUCAACCUGUUGACCGCACAGCGGCGUGAGAAUCACAUCUUUCUUAUGGUAGUCACCAUGGUAUCCUGUUACCUGUUUUGCUGGAUGCCUUAUGGGGUAGUGGCACUGAUAGCCACCUUUGGCAGGAGGGGACUGAUCACUCCCAUAGCAAGUGUGGUGCCCUCAGUCCUGGCCAAGAGCAGCACUGUUAUUAACCCUGUCAUCUAUGUGCUUUUCAACAAUCAGUUCUACAGGUGUUUCGUAGCAUUUUUGAAGUGUGAAGAAGCAGCGUCUAUUCAAAACCACCAUCAGAGCAGUAAAGAUGAUCCCAAUGCACCUCAGCCCUGUGAUGGGCACUUGUGGAAACACAGCUUCAGGGGAAUCCAGAUGAAGGAGCAGCACACUUUGUCCUUAGUAGUACACUACACUCCAUGACCUCUAUUAAAAAUGGUCAUACUGUCAAAUAUGCAAUGUAUUAACAAAAAAAAAAUUUCCAUGCAGAAAUCAAAGUCAAUUAUUAAUCAGAAUUACAUUUACUUGUUUAUUAAUUUAAUAUUUUUUGUAGUAUGUUUACAUUUUUUGAACAUUUACAUCUGUAAAAUUGUACAGACAAAUAUAAUUACUAUUUUACAGUACACUUGUUGCACAAAACUGCCUAUUGUAUGUUGAGAAAAUUUUAAAAUGAAGAUAUGUGACCCUUGCUGGCAAAAUGAGUCGGAAUGCGCACAGUA